AUGAGGAUGUUUUCAGGACAGAACCAAAGUUGGGUUUCUGAGUUCAUCCUGCUUGGUUUCUCCAGUGACCCCAUGACCAACAGCAUCCUCUUCAUUGUCUUCCUUCUCAUCUACCUGAGCUCAGUCCUGGCCAUGAGUCUGCCAUAUUGUGGGCCCAAUAGGGUCAACCAUUACUUCUGUGAAGGUCCUUCAGUGCAUAGCCUGGCUUGCAUAGAUACCCACCUCAUUGAGAUGGUGGAUUUUGUAUUGAGUGUUUUUGUGGUUGUCAUUCCCAUUUCCCUCAUUGUGGCUUCCUACAUUCAUAUUGCCAAGGCAAUUCUCAAGAUCAAGUCCACCCAGGGCCGCUGCAAGGCUUUCUCUACCUGUGCCUCCCACCUGACUGUGGUCACAUUCUUCUAUGCUCCAGCCACUUACAUCUACAUGAGGCCCAACUCCAGCUACUCUCCUGAGCGAGACAAGCAGAUCUCACUCUUUUACAAUGCCUUCACAGCCUUGCUCAACCCUGUGGUCUACAGUCUGAGAAACAAGGACAUCAAGAGGGCAUUUCUCAAGGUGAUGGGACAUGGUAGGCUGGACCAGUGA